AUGAUCCCACAUCCAAAGUCAAUCACCAACACGCAGGGUAUUAUCCAGGCGUCAAACCUAGAGCCCACCACGUCCAUCGAUGAGACACUUCCAGCCGAAGGGUACAAGCUCGAUAUAGGCAGCUCCAAGGACGGGGCCGUACAUAUAACGGGCGGCUCUGCUGCAGGAGUAUUCUAUGGUAAGCAGACCUGGAAGCAGCUACUGCCACCGUCACUGCUGCGUCACACUGCUGCCGGUCGUGAAGGGCCAUGGCCAGUCCAGGCCCAGUUGAUAGAGGAUUCUCCUCGCUUCGCCUGGCGCGGCGUCAUGCUGGACACGGCCCGCCACUUCAUGCCCCUGCCCGACGUGCUGCGCUUCAUUGACCUGGCCGCGUUCCACAAGCUCAACGUGCUGCAUCUGCACCUGACGGACGACCAAGGGUGGCGGAUCCCGAUCGAUAAGUGGCCGCAGCUCACGGUGGUGGGGAGCUGGCGGAAGAGGACGAUGCUGGGCUCGACCAUCCACAAUGCGUAUGACGCGCGACCGCAUGGUGGGUUCUAUUCCAAGCAAGACUUGCAGGAGAUCGUGGCGUUUGCAGCCGAGAGGCACAUCACCGUGGUGCCCGAGGUCGACAUGCCUGGACACAUGCAAGCUGCCAUAUCUGCGUAUCCAGAGCUUGGAAACGGAACAAAGGUUGACGUAAUGGAGGAAUGGGGUAUCUCUACACACGUGCUCAACAUGUCCGAUCAAGUCCUGGAGUUCUGCAAAGAUGUGCUUGACACGGUUUGCGACAUAUUUCCCGGGGAGUUUGUAGGUAUCGGAGGGGACGAAUGCCCUCACGACGAGUGGAAGGCAAGUCCUCCCGUGCAAGCCCGCAUGAAGGAGUUGGGACUCCCCAAUGAGAGCGCUUUGCACGGAUGGUUCGUUGCGCAAAUGGCAGACCACUUACGUUCUCGCUCUCGUCGAGCAUUUGGCUGGGAUGAGAUCUUGGCCGGAGGGGAACGAACACCCGCCGAUGUACUGAUAGGGGCCUGGAGAGGCUAUGACCCCAUUAGUAUUGCAGCCCAGCGCGGAUUCGAGGUAAUUGCCUGCCCGGACAUGGCGGCAUAUCUGGACUUCCGCCAGUCCGAGCACGAAGAUGAGCCUACACCGGUGGGGACAGUGCUUUCGGUUGAUGUUGUGUAUGCAUUUGAGCCAGUCCCCGAGGGCUUGACCGAGGAAGAGAAGAAGAGGGUCAUUGGAUGUCAGGCAAACAUUUGGACGGAACAUAUGGAGAGCGCUCGCAGGGUGGACUACAUGGCUUACCCAAGGCUCUGUGCCAUGGCUGAAGUAGCAUGGGGCAAGCCGCCUUCGAACGCGGAGACUGAGAAUUUCAAAGACCGUCUCGAGACACACUUUCAGAGGCUGAACGCGCUCGGGGUCAACUACCGACCAAGUAGUGGCCCGCGGCCUUGGGAUGCCAGGCCGGAUGCUUUAGGGAAGCCACGUUCGAUGGAGUAUCGCCUUGAGAAGCAGCCCAGCGUCAUCGUCACAUAA